UUGUAUCAAAUGCGGUUGGCCUUUUCCUCGUCCAAGUGCAAAACAAAGACGAGCACACGUACAGAAAGGUUUGUAGAACAAUUGGAUUAAGGGUACGUACGUAUGAGCUAAUCAUGAACUUAAAUGGAAGGGCGUCCAACGUGCAGAUUUCUUCCACCGACUGUCGUGAAGUUUACUCUCCUCAUGCAGAGACUGAGGCAUAUGAACCUUAUGAUUCUCGAAAUGCUGUAUCGCAAAACUUCAUGCUAGAAAGCUGUGUCACAAAUGAUGAUCAUAGUUUUGCAGAUCCUGAGGAUGCCAAGCUGGUUGUUCAAAAUAUGGAGAUGAUUGGGGGUGACAAUGCUGGUGACCAUGAAGAUCAGGAUAAAACUUCAUGUGAUGAUGCUAGACGCAAAAUUAGGGAAGAAGCUGCUAUACGACCAAAUAUACUGCUAGAAAAUGCUACAAUAUUAGUCGGAUUUUCUGAUUUUGCUCCAGCUGAUCAUGUUGAAGUUAAUCAAACAACUGAAUUGAAUGCUGGUAAUGAUGAAAAAGACAAGAUUGAAAAAUGUGAUAUGGCUGGAAAUGAAUGCAAGGAAGUAGCUGAUCUAGAGGCACACGAAAAUCAUCUAUCUGAAUCGGUGGCUGUUGUAAAGAAUGGAACAGAUAAUGAAUCUGCAAGAAACUUGGGAGACAGUACUCAACCAAAACAUUACACAAAGUCCGUUUCUGAGAUUGAGGUUGUUGUGGAAGACAGCACGAAUGAUUCGAUUAGAAACUUGGGACAAAAUGAACACAAUCAUCGUUGUAAUUUUCCUUCCGAGAUUGAGGUUGUUGCAGGGGAUGGAAGGGAAGAAUUUAUAAGAAACUUGGGAGAAACUGAACUAAUACAUUACGAGGCCGAGAAAGAACCGAUACAUUGGGUUGUUGUGGUGGAUCAUGGAAUGAAUGGAUCUCCGAGGAAAUUGAGACAAAUUGAGCCAAACCAGUACCAAAGUUCUGCUGCUGAAAUUGAAGUUGCUGUGGAGGAUGGAACAGAUAAUUCUGAGAGGAUCCAGCCUGCAAAGAUCGGAUCAAAACCUUUGGAAAAUGUAGUAGGAACUAAUUCUACCAAAAACCUUCCCCAGAACAAAAAUUUUCAGGAAGGAAUAAAGGAAGUUGAUUUCGACAACUGUGAGAUACAGGAAGAGUGCUCAUGUGCUGAUGAAAGCGGUGUGGUGGCUCAAUUAAGCCGUAGUGGUGAUGUUGAGUUAUCGCAAAAUCUCUCUCCAAAACCGACUUUGGAAGAGCUUUUGCGAUUUGCAGCAGAAGAGGAAUCUUCAGCUCAAAAUACUGCAGUGGUCAUGGAUACGAGAGACUUCGAUUCAUGGGAUCUUUGGGGCAAUAAUUACAAGUCUUCAGGAUAUGAAGGUCUCUACUCCCAAAAAAAACGCACAGCAGUUGAGCAAUAUCAUGGGGACAUGUUGGAUGAUUAUGAGCGUAGAACUUGUACACCGUUAUUUCAAGUCAAAGACAGGAGCAACAACGUAGUUAACAAGCCACAAUGGAGAAAGGCUAUUGAUGGUAUUUUGGGCAAGUUUAGAAGCUUGCGUAAGGGGCAACCAAAUCCUUUGGGAGGAAUUCUGGAUGAGGUUGAUCUCAAGAGCUUACUGAAAGCUGCAAACUCAAAGAGGUGUGAGAGAGAGAACAUCAGCUCAAUCAUCAUGCGGAAAACAUUCUGGGGACGAUUAGCAUGUUGCUCGUCUGCCAGUACCGGAUCAGUAAUUAGAAGCCAUAAAAGAAAAAAGCCAAAGGAAUGGGAAUUACAGUUGCAAAGAUAUGUUUCAGAAUACUCCCCUGCUUGGUAAUAAUUAACACAAGAGACUUGGGCCCUUUUCUUUUAUUCUUUUCUCUUCGGUUUAAUUACUAAUGUUAAGACAAUUGCAUCUGCUGCCUCAGAAGGAAGACGUGCACCUGAGAAGAAUUCCAGCAACGCCUAGAAGGCUUUAGAAAGGGAAUAUUCUGAAUGACGUGUACCAAUCAUUUGUUUUUGGUUGUUAUGAAAAAGUCUAUAAAUAUAGACCCUGAUUGUACUAAGGAUACACUGGAAAAUGAAAG